CGUACUUCGCGGUAUACACGGUAUUUUCGACAACGAUUGGCUGUCGUUGUGCGUGCGAUGCUUGAAGCGUCCGCCAGGUCAGGAUGAGCCGCAAUCGCAAAGGCGCGCUGUUCACCCUGAAGAAAGUCAAGAAGAAGUUCGCCACGUUGGAUCCUCGGUCAAAUCCGUGAAAGCGUCGUCGGCAGCUCCGUUUUGGUGUUACUUGUGUGAUCGUUUGGAUACCCUUCAAGGUCGUCUUGGAGAAGUACAAAGAGUGAAAGAGAGGAAGAUAUUGGUGCAAAAAGGAUUCUAACCACUGAGAGCGUAAAGUGAAGACCUGGAAGCGACAUUUGGAAACAUGAGGCGCUUUCAUUGAAAAAACAGGCUUCUAGAAAGGAACUGGUAUCGCAGGUGCAUAUGAUGGAAGAUGGAGCCGUGGAUUUGGGCGAAGUGCGCGAGGCCGACUUUGAGCAGCUGGCCGUAUACCAGGUGCGCGACCAGCCUUGUGAGGAGGAACAAACCAACCGGGCGGAGGCGUCUCUGCCUCGGAACCUCCUGCUCAAACCCUCACAGACGCUCACUGAUGUGCUUGGCGUCUGGAGCACGGACUACAUCCCCCGCGGCACGCGGUUCGGUCCCCUGGUGGGCGUGGUGUACCAGAAGGAUGAAGUGCCUGCGGACGCGAACCGCAAGUACUUCUGGCGCGUGUACGACGGGCCCGACUCCUUCCACUAUGUUGACGGGUGCGACGUGAGCAAGGCCAACUGGAUGCGCUACGUGAACCCGGCCUACUCGAGUGAAACGCAAAACCUGGUGGCCUGUCAAGUGAAAGAAGCCAUCUACUUCUACACCAUCAAGCCCAUCUAUCCUAACCAGGAGCUUCUCGUCUGGUACUGCCGGGAGUUUGCAGAACGGCUCAGCUACCCCGUCACAGGGGAGCUUAUGCUCCAGAGGAUACGGGAGCAACUGCAGCCAGCGCCUGGAGGGGAGAAGGAUGACGCCUACUACUCCCGGCCGCACCAGUUGACGCCGACCGAGGGCAGCACUCGAAGUGACGAGGGCUACCACAGCAAUGGCGGACCUGAGGACGGUCUCACUCCACCGGAAGACAGUAGCGAUAGCGACAGUGAUAACUACGUGCUCGACUUCAGCGUGAAGGCAAAGCGCAAAGCGCAGCCACCACCGCCACAUGUCGACAAGCGCGAUGACGUUGUUCCAGUGGAGAAGCCUCAGAAUGAAUUCCGCAAGGUCAAAAUCAAGAUGCCUAAGGCGUACCACUACCGCAGCGGAGGAGCCACCAGCCCCCCAGUCUCCACAACUAACACCGAGCAACCCAACAGCACCUCAAGUCCGCGGACACAGGAGGAACCGGAGGCACGACCAAUCAGUUCCGUGCCCGAACCAGCGAGUCCCAAGUACGCGAGCGCUCCGAAGUUCACUGAGGACGUGCUGGAGCGGAGCGCGGGGUCGGCUUUCUCCGCUUACGAGGGCAUGGGCCAGAGGAUCUCGCCGCAUAGUCCCAAGGGUCCUUCGGCCCCUGGCAUCCUGGAGAACCUGCUGUUGCAACGGUACCAUGAAAACGGCAACGACAGUCCUCAUCUCCCAUUGCGAAGGGAAACCCUCAAAGAACCCGUUCGAGUUAUUGUGUCCAAUGAACUAGUAUCACCACCAGCAGCACCGGACUCUAACACUUCUGCUGAGGGUCAUCGACCAAUCAUGUACCCCCACAAGAAGAACUUUCGGUUCGUGCCUACCUCAACGACACCUAAUGCCGGAGGCAGUCCUGAGAUGCACAGCCCCGAUUCAACGGAUAAGGCGCACCAACAGUCAACUGUGACGUCGGCCAUUAGUCCGCCUUAUAGCAUGGCCAACUCUGCAGCGGCGAACUACUUAUACGUGAACGGCAUGACACCCAUGUUUUCACCGGCACACUUCAACAUGUACGCAUACCCCGUUCCCGAGGCUGUACAUUCUUCUCUGGCUCCAACGGCUGCUGGAGUGCAUCCACCAUACCCAAAGCUACCGGACUUCAAUGACCAUCAUUCUCCACGGGUUCCCAUGUCAGGCAUGGAGGCAAGCAAGGUGCCGGUGUCCUGCGCUGGACCACCGUCACCCGGCAGGUCCUACUCGCCUGGCGCUGCUGGUCGUGGUUACCGCUCCCUCCCGUAUCCUCUGAAAAAGAAGGAUGGAAAGAUGCAUUAUGAAUGCAACAUCUGCUACAAGACGUUCGGUCAGCUUUCUAACUUAAAGGUACACCUACGCACGCACUCUGGCGAGCGGCCAUUUACGUGUUCUGUGUGCGGCAAGACAUUUACGCAACUGGCUCACCUGCAAAAGCACCACCUGGUGCAUACUGGAGAAAAACCGCACCAGUGUGACGUCUGCAAGAAACGCUUUAGCAGUACAAGCAACCUCAAGACCCACCUGAGGCUUCACUCUGGUCAGAAGCCCUACGCAUGUGAUCUCUGCCCAGCCAAGUUCACGCAAUUCGUCCAUCUCAAGCUUCACAAGCGACUUCACACGAACGAGCGUCCUUACACGUGCCAGACUUGCAAGAAGAAGUAUAUCAGCGCAUCUGGCCUUCGAACACACUGGAAGACCACUUCGUGUCAGCCGAACAUGGUCAUUGACAUGGAUGGAAAUGCGACGUACGAGUACCCACCCCUGGAUGGUCCCCACGACCGGCUGUCGAUGCCGCACGGCAUCAUGGUUCCCACGAGUCCUUCCGACGAGUACCACAACAUGUCACAGCACGGUAUUAUGUCCAUGGGCAAGGAGGACUCCGUGCAUCACCACGAAAGCUACAACUACGCGAGAAUGCUCAGCGAACACAAGUCGGCGACAAGCAGUGAACCUUCGUCACCGGACGACCAUCUCUCAAAGAAAUGUCCCCCCACCGGCAGCACAGUGGACAGGGACAAAGAGUGACUGACGCUUAGCGCUCUGUGUAUCAUAGACAUUACGCGAUCUCGCGGGACAUUUGUUUGCCACAUUUAUUUAUUUAUUGAGCCUGAGCGUGGAGUGCUGCCGUUUAUGUGUAGGUGUGGGAGGCCGAAGGCGUCGGUAAAACCGGUUGAGCAGUUAUACCCACCGAUAAAGAGUGACAGUUCAGGAACCAGAUGUAGUUCCUCCUCAACGGUAACCUAAACUUUGCCGUAACUGGCCUCGAAGUGAUCCUCUCGAAAGCACCCCUACCGUGCUGGUCAUGUGGUGCCUGCAUAAUCGCUGUUAGAUCUGAAGCAGGCUCGAGGUAUUAUUCACAAAGCUGCAGGCUGUUGAGAGGAUCGGCCGCAUGUCCAUACAUGGCCUGUCUCCCCGUGAACGGGCUAUUACAUUCCCAUUCCAAGUCCGGCACACUGUCAAGAGAUUGAAAUUAUUUAACAUGUACAUACGUACCUGCAGCUAUAUUUAAGUGUGCCCGGAUUUCUUUGGCCGCCUAUGGAAUUGUCUCGUGAAGAUGUUUAAUUUAUUCGUGCUGAUUUUAGAUAAGAAAAAUCCUUCAAAAUCUUGUGUUGAGAAGCUGUUGUUUAUGGUAGAGGAGGUGAAGUAUUGAUAAGCACAUAACGUUAACUUCACGCGACACGUUUGUGAUUUCCUCUAUUUUCUUCUCCACGUGUAGCGUCACCUGUGUAUACACUCGUUAGAAAAUCACUGCCAACCUGACAUUCCAAAACAUACAUUGAAACGACAUUGCACUUUUUCUGUCGGCUGAUCGCAGGCGAUGCAUUCCCUCUGGAUAUCUUAGCGUGGCUAUAUGAUGAUGAUGUAUUGGCAAUAAGCUGGCCUCGGAACGGGCGUAUUUUGAGCAUUUUAGAUUUAUUCCUUAUUCGCGAGGCUAUUCAUUUGCACGACGGAACAAAAAGCGAUUACAGAAAGUGGUAUUUUCAACCGUUCUAGUUCCUGGUAGAUGUGAACCAUCUUUGUGUGUCUUACGUGCAGUUUCCGUUCAGCGAUUUUGGAACGCAUGGUAAUACCGUUAACAGAACACCGUCUUGGCUAGCUAUUGUAGUUGGCUGUUUCCUGUAGAGAGACCCUCCGGUGAAUUUACCUAAUCUGUGUUUUAUCAAGGGUCUACGUAGUGCGUUAAUUACAAAGAAGGUCAUGUUCCUACGGAAAAUAUUUUACGAAGCGUGUAUUUAACGCAGACAUUUUAAAUCACCUCGAAUUUUAGGGUUCUGAUAAAAAAUCGCCAAUUCGUCCACGCAAUAGCUCUGGGUUCAUGGCAUAUUUUAACGAAACGUGAUUUGAAGUUAACGAGUCACUGAAAGCAGUAGUAUUUCUGAAGCCAUUAUUCGCAGUGUGUUUCAUGUGAGAUGUCAUUCAUGUUCAAUCAUAUUCGAUGUCCAUUCAUGAGUGUCACCUCCUUCUCUUUCCAUCUGUGUCAUUGUAGGCCACUUACGUGCUCGUCAAACGUGAAGAACAAAAUAAAUGUUGUUUGUCACGUCUA